AGAGAAAAGGAAGAAGACACUAUACUCAAACAAAGAGAAGAAGAAGAAGAAGAAGAAGGGGAGGGAGACAAACAACAAAAAGGUGAAAGUCAGCGGGGGCCCCGGUAUCAGAGGAAGAUUUACACCCUGCAGGACUGAAUUACUCAAAAACAGAACAUCAUGGCUGUCAAAUAACCGCGUGGUGUGAUGAUGGACAGCUAAGAACAACUCUAACACACACACAGACACAGAUUCACACACACACACACACACACACACACACACACACACACACACACACACACACACACACACACACACACACACACACACACCUACAGAAUGUCGGCAGUGCACUCAGUUUCACUUCCUCUCGAUGACCCGACCACGCCCCCUCCCCUGACCACUCCUCCUCGCAAAGCCUCGGUCCGCCUGCAAGAGAGGCGGGGCUCUAACCUCUCGCUGCUAUUGGACGUGAGCAGUCUGGGGGCGGAGCCUGUGUGUUCUGUCUCCACCCCAAAGGAGGUGUGGCUCCAGCUGCUUCACACCUCCUCCCGGCCUCUCACAAACACCUUGCUGCAGCUGGCGGCCAUCGACAAAAACACACUGAAUGUAGAGUACCAGAAAAUCCCUCCGAACUUUGUGAACGCCGCAGAGCUCGAUGUUCAAGGUCACAUGAUCAAAGACAGAUACAAAACCAUCCUGCCCAACCCUGAGAGCCGGGUGGUCCUGAGGAACCUGGAGGAAGAGGCGUCGCCAGACCGCUACAUCAACGCUAACUACAUCAAGGGUUACAGAGGGGCCCCCAGAGCUUACAUUGCCACCCAGGGGCCGAUGUUACACACCGUGGGGGAUUUCUGGGACAUGGUGUGGCAGGAGAGGAGCAGCAUCAUCGUCAUGGUUACCAGACUGAAGGAGAACAACGAGAAGUGUGAGCUGUACUGGCCACAGCCGAGGGAGAGGAGGAGGAGGAAGAGCAGGAGGAGUGUGAAGGAGGAGGAAGAGGAAGAAGAGGAGCAGAGGGAGGAAGAGGAGGAGGAAGGAGAGACAGAACGGUUUGGCAGAUUCCUCCUCAGAGUGACAGACAGCUGGGAGAAAGACGGCUUCACUGUUACUGACAUGGACAUCCAGCUGGAUUCGGAGCAUCGUCCCAUCAGACACUACUGGUUCACCUCUUGGCCAGACCACCACAUCCCACAAUGCACUGCCCCCCUGCUGAGACUCGUGGAGGAGGUGGAGACGUACAGGAAGUCCCUCCCACCUCCCAGCUGUCAGCCAAUCACAGCCCCCGCCCCGGAUCCUGGACCAAUCGUCGUCCACUGCAGUGCAGGUAUCGGCAGGACCGGGUGUUUCAUCGUCGGCAGUAUCGGCUGUCAGCAGCUCAGAGACACCGGGCAGCUCGACAUCCUGGAGACCGUCUGUCAGCUCCGACUCGACAGAGGUGGUAUGAUCCAGACCACAGAGCAGUACCAGUUCCUGUACUCCACUCUGGCCCAGUUCAGCCACCAGCUGCAGCUCAACCAGGAGCAGAACCAGAACCAGCAGAACCCAGAAGGGAGGCAGGUCAGCGUUCAGCUUCAGAACCUGGAGCUGGACAACACACUGAACAAGAAGAACCUGGAGAACCAACAAGGCACGAUACAGACCUGAAGAAAUCCAAGACACCAUACAACCAGCAGUUAGCGCUACAAGUCAUGUUUCCAGCACCAUACAUAUGGAAACAAGAGAACUUGUUGAGCCAGCAACAAAACUUAAAGACAGGUAGAGACUUUGGAGAACCAACAGGAACCCCAAAAUGUUGGUUUGUGGGAUGUUUUUUUGCAGCAGAGGCUACGAGAACCCAGGUGUUCAUGUUCACUGUGGGACUGUCCCAAUAAAGGUUUUCACUACAGGAUUACCCUGGCUAAAAGAAUGGUAUAUUAACGAUGUCGUCGCUGAUAUGUAUUGAGCAUUUAAAAAAAGAUAAAAUAUUUUGUGUUUACUAUGUCUUCUCCCCAAUUUUGGAAAUUCAUAUUAUUAAUUUCUGCGUUGGGAGAGAAAGUGUGAACAUAUGGGAUAAUGAAUGCAAAAUAAGUAUUGAUCUUUUCAUUUUAAUUUGGCCAUUUGUUAGAUAGACAGGACAGAAAGAUGGGAUAAACAUUAAACAAAGGGUCCCGUUCAGGACUCGAACACGGGGGCACAGCUUUUAAAUCGCUUCUCAACACACAUUUUUGAUAGACUUGUUAUUUAUGUGAUGUCCUAUUUUUAUCCCUUUUUUCUUCUUCUUUGUAUUUAUAUAUUUGGUAAAUGUUUUUUAAUUGUUUAUAAUCUAUUGUACAGUUAAUGUUUCUUCAGCAUGUGUCUGCUAUCCACUUUGCAUCAUCAUCUGACUUGAAUAGUUCAUUUGACCUUGCAUCGUAUCUCACUUUUUGUACGGUUUUCUGUUGGUACUGUAUACUGCAGUGUAUCCUGUGUGGCUUUGUAAACUUGAGUAAUUAAAAUAAAUUACCCCAAAAAUGUAAUGUA